CUUUUACCGCGUCCUGCGACCUGCGAGUGCGAGGGCCCCAUAAUUCGCGAGGCAGGCAUCGUCGCGGUGCGUGUUCGAUGUGUUUUGCGGGUUUGGUUAUAUAUGUAAAUCUCCGUACAAAUCCCGCCAUCUCCCGCAGCUGUGGUCGCGCGGCUAGUUAAUGUCGACGGGGACGAUCAACAAAAACUGAGGCUACCUGUGGCUAUCGUCUCCGCCGUAUAUCUACGCGUCAACACACAGAAAUCAUGGCAAACGUGUCGCUUGACAAAGAUAUGUUUUUUCGGCGCAUGAAGCGUCUUUACGCCGCGUGGAAGGAUGGCGAAGUCGGCACGGAUGACAGUUUCGGGAAAAUGGAUUGUCUCGUUUCCGCUGUCGGCUCCGACGAAGACAUCGUUUACAGCAAGUCCAUAGCGUUGCAAACAUGGCUGCUCAGCUACGAACUUACGGAUACGAUAAUGAUUUUGACGGAGGAGUCUAUUAAUUUCUUGGCCAGCAAGAAGAAAAUUGAAUUUUUAAGGAAAGUGGAAAAUCAGAAAACUGAAGAUACAGAAGUACCAGCUGUAAAGUUAUUUGUUAGGGACAGAAGCGAUGAAGAUAAAGCAAACUUUGGAAAACUCAUUGAAGUGAUGAAACAAAAAAAGGGCAAAACUUUGGGAGUAUUUUUGAAGGAGAAUUAUCCUGGUGCUUUUAUGGAUGCCUGGAGAGCUGCUUUAAAAAAUGAAUCUUUUGAUACAGUUGAUGUAAGUGCUGCGGCUGCUUAUGUUAUGUGUCCAAAAGAAGACAGCGAAAUACUUACUAAAAAAGCAUGUCUUGUAUCAGUAGAUGUUUUCACAAAGUAUCUGAAAGAUCAGAUAAUGGAGAUUAUAGAUUCUGACAAGAAAGUUAAACAUUCAAAAUUGGCAGAAGGUGUAGAUACAGCCAUCACAAAUAAGAAAUAUGUAAGUGGAGUAGAUAUUACACAAGUUGAUAUGUGUUACCCUGCCAUUAUACAAAGUGGUGGAAAUUAUUCACUCAAGUUCAGUGCUGUUAGUGACAAAAAUACUACUCUUCACUUUGGUGUUAUUGUUUGUUCAUUGGGAGCACGUUAUAAGUCCUAUUGUUCAAAUAUAGUAAGAACUUUGUUGGUUAAUCCCACAAAGACAAUUGAGGAAAAUUAUAAUUUUUUGCUACAACUUGAAGAAGAGAUCUUAAAAAAGUUAGUUGCAGGAACAAUAAGUGAAGUAUACGAGGCUGGUAUUAAAUUUGUAAAUGAGAAAUCAGAAAUGAUAAAUCAUUUGACCAAGAAUUUUGGAUUUGCUAUGGGAAUUGAAUUUAAAGAAAGUUCUUUGCUCUUGGGUCCAAAGACUAAUGCAGUAGCUAAGAAGGGCAUGGUUUUCAAUGUUAAUGUUGGUCUUGCAAAUCUUAUCAAUUCAGAUGCGACAGAUAAAGAGGGAACAUACGCCCUUUUCAUAGGCGAUACAGUUAUGGUGAACGAAGGGCAACCUGCUACUAAUUUGACUCCAUCAAAAAAGAAAGUGAAAAAUAUAGGUAUAUACGUGAAAGAUGACGAAGAUGAGGAGGAAGAGGGAAGUGGAAAAGAAAACGAGCCAAAGCCAGAGAUCCUCGGACGUGGAAAAAGAACGGCUGUCAUAGAAUCUAAAUUGAGAACGGAACAUAGCUCGGAAGAGAAGAGGAAGCAACAUCAGAAAGAAUUAGCUCAACAGUUGAAUGAAAUCGCUAAGGCUCGAUUGGCUCAACAAUCUGGCGGUAAAGAACAGGAAAAAAUACGAAAAUCCACGGUGUCUUACAAAAGUUUGAACCAUAUGCCACGUGAACCAGAGGUCAAGGAGUUAAAAUUAUACGUGGAUAAGAAGUAUGAGACUGUGAUUUUACCUAUUUCUGGUAUUCCAGUACCCUUCCACAUAUCGACAAUUAAGAACAUUUCACAGUCGGUAGAGGGAGAUUAUACGUACCUUAGAAUAAACUUUUUUCACCCUGGUGCAACGAUGGGACGAAACGAAGGUGGAUCUUAUCCUCAGCCCGAUGCGACGUUUGUUAAAGAAGUAACAUAUCGAAGCACAAAUACCAAAGAGCCCGGUGAGAUCUCUGCACCGUCGUCAAAUUUAAAUACAGCCUUUAGACUAAUUAAAGAGGUUCAGAAGAAGUUUAAAAAUCGAGAAGCGGAAGAAAGAGAGAAGGAAGAUCUCGUCAAACAAGAUACUUUAAUAUUGUCACAGAAUAAAGGCAAUCCAAAGUUGAAAGAUCUGUACAUUCGACCAAAUAUUGUUACAAAGAGAAUGACGGGUGGUUUAGAAGCGCACACAAAUGGAUUCCGAUAUACUUCGGUCCGCGGUGAUAAAGUGGACAUUCUUUAUAAUAACAUUAAGAACGCCUUCUUCCAACCAUGUGAUGGUGAAAUGAUUAUAUUGCUUCAUUUUCAUUUAAAGCAUGCUAUUAUGUUCGGUAAAAAGAAACAUGUAGAUGUACAGUUUUACACUGAAGUUGGAGAAAUUACUACAGAUUUAGGUAAACAUCAACAUAUGCACGAUCGCGACGAUCUUGCUGCUGAACAGUCGGAACGAGAAUUGAGACAUAAAUUAAAAACUGCUUUUAGAAGUUUCUGUGAAAAAGUUGAAGGAAUGACAAAGCAAGAGAUUGAAUUUGAUACUCCAUUUCGGGACUUGGGCUUUCCUGGUGCACCAUAUAGGAGCACUGUCUUGCUUCAACCAACUAGUGGAUGUUUGGUUAAUCUCACAGAAUGGCCUCCCUUUGUCAUUACAUUGGAAGAUGUUGAAUUAGUUCAUUUUGAAAGGGUACAAUUCCAUUUGAAGAACUUUGACAUGAUUUUUGUCUUCAAAGAUUAUCACAGAAAGGUAGCGAUGGUAAAUGCCAUUCCUAUGAAUAUGCUCGAUCAUGUUAAGGAAUGGUUGAACUCAUGUGAUAUUCGAUAUUCGGAAGGCGUUCAGUCUUUGAAUUGGACCAAGAUUAUGAAGACUAUAACAGAUGAUCCUGAAGGAUUCUUUGAUAGUGGAGGAUGGACUUUCUUAGACCCUGAAAGUGAUGCAGAAAAUGAAGAAGUUGAAGAUGAAGAAGAAGAAGAAGAUGAUGCAUAUGAGCCAUCCGAUAUAGAAAGUGAGGAAGAAUCUGAUGAUGAUAGUGAAUAUUCUGAAGCUUCCGAAGACAGUGACAGUGAAGAGGAAGAAUUAGGCAGCUCUGAAGAAUCGGGUAAAGAUUGGUCAGAUUUAGAACGAGAAGCUGCUGAAGAGGAUAAAGAAAGAGGAGAGGAUCGUUACCGUGAUGAUUAUAGCGCCAGCAAAAAGAAAAAAUCAAAUCGAAGACAAUCUCCAUCUCCUUCAAAAGACAGGCGGAAUAAUUCUAAGCACAAGAGUUCCUCGAGUUCAAAGAGCAAAAGUUCGUCCAGCAGUAAGGAUAAACGAUCACCGGACAAACAUAGAACGGAUCGAUCACGGAGUGGGGGCUCACACAAGAAGGGGUCUCCUUCCAAAUCAUCCAAACACAGCCCCAAGAAAAAUGACAAGCAUGAUAAGCGCGAUAAAAGUAAGUCGUCACAUUCUUCGUCCAGUAAGAAACGCCCCCGUGAUGACAGUUCGGAAAGAAACAAUAGGUCAUCUAAGAAAUCUAGAAAGUAAAUACAAAGGAUCUGCGCACUGAAAGGGAAGCACACAGAAAAUCACAACAAAUACCAUGCUGAUUCUAAGUAAAGCUUUCUUACUUAAGAUGUAGAAAUUAGCUGAUCCAUAAAAAUAGUACAUUUUCUUGCA